CGCGCGCCCGCGCAGAUCACAUCCGUUGUCUGAUCCCGCCUGACCAGCAUCCCGGAUCUGCCGACGUCACCAACCCGGGAACCCUAUCCUCGUACACGUUCUCAGAGAGUAGUCCCGCCCAGACAGGUAUCACAGACUGCCCGGACUAAUCAGGUCAUGGUCACUCUAUCAACAUCCGACGAAGAUCGUUGCAUCGCCCGGCUGAGCUACAGUCUGCUGUUGCACAGCUCAGGCUAGGACGCGCUCGAAGGAGACGGAAGCAGCGAACAAUGGCCCGAGAAGACACGGGCGACGAGCGAGUAUGGCUUUGCACGGACCUGCAAAGCUGCACCGCGAGUCCGCGACAGCAGCAGCAAAUGGCACCAUGGCACCAACUUGGCCGAACCUUCGGACGAAACACGCAGAAGGAAAAAUUGACUGAACCGUGAUCCCACCGCCCGCAGACCACACCCCUUCGACCCGCAAAAGGCGACACCCGCCCAACAAACUCAUUCUCCUCUUCCCUUUGGGGCAUCUCGAUAGCCCAAAGCCCUCUUGCCGCGAGGCCAAGCUCCGGCAUCCGCGCGGUUUUUUUUAUUGCUAGCCCGAUUGACAGCCCAACGCCCCGACCUGCUCGACGGGUCUGGCCUUUCGACAAUCGUCGGCUCCUCCACGGAGCUCGGGGUAUACAGCUAAGCUGCAGCAAGCACGCGAUACCGCCAUGAUCUUCCCUCCACGGGGUUCGCUCUCCCUCGACCGUCCUCCCACCCAGCUUCCAACAAAAAA